GGUCUCUGCCUUCCUCAGCAGUUCCUGCAGGACUGGUUGUGGUGGCUCCUGAGUCCUGCCCAGGACUGCUCUCCUCUCUUCAGAGCACCCCUCCUUUCUUGCUCCCCAUCCCAGCUCAGGAGGAGGACUGACUGAUGGCCUGGGAGGCCACAUACCUGCUCUACCCAGUGGUGCUGCUGCUCCUGGCCUCAGGAUCCUGGUCACAGGACCCAGAUAUACUGGGAACUCAGGAGGGCAAGACUGUUUCUGUGACAUGCUGGUAUCAUCCCAGCUACCGCUCCAGUGAGGUAAUCUGGUGUAAGAAAACAUUACAAGGCCAUUGUCAACCCCCAGUCCGGCGUGACAGCACAGGUGCCAAGAAGCUAAGAUUUUCCAUCCAGCGCUCUUAUUUGUACAACUCCUUCACUGUCACCAUGACUGAGCUCAAGAUGAGUGACUCAGGCAUCUAUCACUGUGGGCUCAUUGGAAAUUCUGGCAACAACAUUAUUCUCAGAACUAUCCACCUGGUGGUGUCAGAAGGUUCUUCGAAUAUGGCCACUCAUAUCAUUCCUACUACAAGGCUGUCUGACCUUCCCAUCCUUAUUACCACAAAACACUCGCCCAGUCACACAACUUCGACCCGAUCCCUACACAAGCCCACAGUUGUUGCUUCCUCUCCUGAUCCUGAAGUCACCAUCAUAAAUGAGACAGAUGCUGCGAGGAGCUCCAUAUCCAGUGUACUUGUUCCUGUGGUCUGUGGACUCCUCAGCAAGACCCUGGUCUUCAUUGUCUUAUUCAUUGUCACACAGAGGUUAUUUGGAUGACAGAUCUUGAAGCUACACAGUAGUGACCUUCAGCCAUGUCUGUCUCACAGGAGGAGCAGGGGGGGGGGGCGCUAAGCAGGAACUGUGACUUGCAUUGAGGCUGUAAUGGUGGGUGACAUCUAAAGCUCAGGAUGUCCUUAGCUGGCCCUGCCCACUCUUUAGAGAGCUUUUAGGGAUGCUUCUAGAAACUUUGCGGGAAUUUGGCAUGGGGUCAGGACAAAAAAAAAAAUGUAAGCUCAGGCAGGAAUCUGACUUUGAGCUAGGGCUCAGGAAAUAGGCUCAGAUUAAGAAUUUAUAUUUGAGCUAAUACAAAGCUCAGAGCAGGUUCAGCUGAGGAUCAUGGAGCAAUCCUUUGAUCUUGGUCAUCCUGAUUAUCCCUUAGAAAGGUGUUUACAGGAUUUUGUUUAUUGCCUUGUUUGUUCCCUAUUUGUGUUUAUUUUCCUGUCUGAUCCUUAACCCAGAACUGAUCUUAUUAUUUGCAGUUACUUAGAGUGGUAUAAAAGCAAACUGGGAAAAAAUAAACCUGCUUCAGCCUCAGACUGGCUGGAGUCAUGCUACA